CAAGGUCACUGUCACGGUAGAUAGAGAGAUAAACCGAGAUCCAGAGAAAGAGAGAGAGAGAGAUAGAGAGAGAGAGAGAGAGGAUCUAUACGGUACAACCUUUGGACUGAAUAAAACACAGGGACUCUUGGAGUUGUAUCACAUCCGUGCGUGUGUGACUUUCUCACCCCCUCUCCUUCCCUCCACCCUCUUCCUGACCUUAAUCAAGAGAACCGGAGCUCCCUUCCCAUUUCCUCCUUUUUCAUCUCCUCUCCCUUCCUACUUCCUCCUUUCUCAUCUCCUCUCCCUUCCUACUUCCUCCUUUCUCAUCUCCUCUCCCUUUCUUCCUCCUCUUUCUGUCCUUUUUGUAUGUUGUCUCUUAGUUCCUGAUUUUUGAAGUUUUUGAGUUUUUUUUUUCAUGUGAAGCUUUUAAUAUUACGGCUCUGAUAUCUAUCAUUCACUCCCCGAAAUACUGAAUAAAUAUACUUUUAUCUUACGUUUUUUUUCGCUCUCUCUUCCAGCCCCUCUUCCAUAUGGUCUAAAGAAUCGCUCACUAAAACCUCAUAUCUAGAGUUCUUGGGGUCUUGCCAGCCUUAGCGUUAAUAACUUAGUGCCUCUUUCGUUAUCAAUUAUCGGCUGUUUUCGUUAUACACUUCACAUUCUUUGAGAGAUAAAAGUUUCAUUAAUAUCAGUGUCUUCGUAUUUCCACUUAAUUGAUUUCAAAGGGCUGUUAAUUGCGUCUGAUUAUCAAGGAUUUCCUGCUUCCUAGACAACACAAAUCAAAAGGAAUUGUUAAACACAUCCGUGAAUGUCUCAUUGCGUGUCUUCUGUUUUCUUCGUCCCUCUGAUUACAUUAAUGUGUUGAUUCACCUAUUGUCUUUUCAUGUAUACAAGUAAUUAUAAGAUAAUUUAGUGUUUAUAUCCUAGCUCCCUACAUUUAUUUUUGUUCGUUUUCCUUACCACGGUUCCCUUUCCUUCAAACUUUUUUCCUCUAUCUUUCCAAGUCAUGACUUUUUAACCUCCCUAUUUGUUUAUCCGCCGUUUAUCCCUUCCUGCUCUGCGAUCCUCGUCGAAUCUCUCCUCCUUCGUCUCUGCCACUUUACCCUGUAGCAUCCAUCCUCGCCUCUCCAUCUCUGCUCCCCAAACACCCACACGCCACCUGCAACUACUUCCCCUCCCCUUCUCAUAACUCCCCCCUCCCUUGCCCCUUAUUCUCCCCCCUCCCCUUUCCCUCCCCCUUCCCUCUCUCCCUCCUCCUCCCUCCCCAUAUCCCUUACCCACUCCUCCCUCUCCUUCCCUCACAGAGACGAAGAAGAGCCCUGCCAAAUUACAGCCAGUCUCUCCGAGUGCAGGAGUGGAUCUCCCGUGACGUCAUGUGAUACGAGAACGGGCCAGGAUGGGAUGCAAAGGAUCCAAGUCCAAGAAAAACGCCUACGCAAGGGUUGCCCAGUACCAGAAAGAGUCGUGGGCCGCAGAGCGCGCAGUGUGCCGCCCCCCUGAGCCCCUAGACUGGGGGUUGGCGCCCCCCCACUGCAUCACCCCCGCCACGCUCCACAACCUCCUGACGGAUGGCUUCUACGCGCCUUACGCCGCCAACCCGCGCUAUCUCCUAGUGGCGGACUGCCGCGCCCCCCGCGCCUUUACGCGGCGGCGUCUGGCGACGGCGCGCUGGCAUGGCGCGCUGCACACGGCGCCGCCCCCGAACCUUGUCAACACCAUCGUCCUGUACGACGACCGGCCGCGCUCGGGGCCCCCCGCGCCCGGCGACACGGACCCCCUCGCCACCAUCUACCACGACCUCCGGCGUCAGAAGCUCGACCCGUUGGUUCUGCUUGGCGGCUGGUCGGUGCUGGAGGCCACGUGCCCGCACCUCCUCGAGGGGGGAGACGACCCCCCCACCCCUGAUCCCAUGCCCUGGUACCCGGCGCAGAUCCUGCCUGGCCUGCUCUACCUGGGCCAUGCGGAGAUGGCCACCGACCCGAGGGUGCUGUCGGCGCUGCGGGUGACGCACGUGGUGGACGUGACGGAGAGCCUGCCUCCGCGGGUGCUGCCCUCCAUGAACUACCUGGUCGUCCCGGUGCCCGAGGAAGAGGAGGAGCCAGAGCAGAGGACGCCCUCGUCCAACGGCAAGGACAAGGGAACCAACAACAACAACAAUAACAACAACAACAAGCGGAGCAGCAGCAACAACGGCACCGACCUCAUCACAUCCCUUCCGACCAUCCUGGCCUUCGUCGGCGAGGCGCGCACGUACGGCGGCUGCGUACUCGUCCACUGCGACCAGGGCCUGACCCGCGCCGCCGCCGUCGUCAUGGGCAUCCUCAUGUCGGAGCGGCGCUGCACCCUCGAGGACGCCUUCUACUACGUGAAGGGCGCGCGGUCGGCCGUCCACCCGCACCCGGGCCUCCUGCACCAGCUCGCCAAGCACGAGACCGUCCUGUUCGGCGCGUCUCUCACGCAGGUGGAGGAACUCUUUUGACCUGCGCCCUCCCGAACCCGCAGAGCCCCCAGGCGACGACCGCCUCCGCGACCGGGCCUCCGACGACGAUUUUCAUGACGAUUUAUGUUACGUAGAGACUUUUAUACGGACAUUUACCUGAAGUCAAGCUCCAGUUACGAGAGUAGCGUGCACAUAUCGGCAGAAUCCUGCAGCCUUUUGAACUCCCUUGUCGCCACGGCCUUGGCAUGACUUGUACGAGUCGAUGACGUCUGCAACAAUGGCGCAACGGAGAUGGUACUUUGCUUCGUUGCACAUCCAGUGUCCUUUGUGAUGUCUCGUAUCAUACAUUUUGGGAAGCACCAAACUUUUUGGGAAAAAAAUUUGGUCAUUCUUAGUGCAGCGUUGGGCGCUUAUGACGUCAUGCAAUUUUGAGUGCGUCUACUUACGUACACCCAGUGACGUCAUAGUGAGAAUGGCCCUUUUGUAAUCGACCAUCCGGCGCUGAUGGUUAGUCGACUGUCUUUCAGAUUCUCUAAACAGACUUUCAUGUUGUUAGAAAUGAGAAACGAAAAAGAAAAGAGGAGGCGGAGGAUGAGGAUGUAAAUACCAUGAACCAAUAGCAACACAGGUUCGUCGACCACGUAGUCUUUUUAGAGGAUCAGGUAGCGUAGUACAGGCCUCCCUUAGGGUUGACAUAGGCCUACAUAGAUCGACAUCGUCAACAUAGCUAAUCCAGAGAGUGAUUUUUUCAGAAUUUUUCGCUAUUAUUACGCUUUGUGACGACGCUGUAUGAUUUCCCCGCCAGUUUUCACGAUUCUUAAGUAGAAAAUCUUUAUGACCUUAAUUGUCGUAAGCUGCUUAUGUAAACUCUGUGAUCUUCUAAAAAAUCUGCCGACUGAAAAAAAAAGGAAAAUGCAUUGCUUCUUUUAUAUGAUAAACCCUCGCAUAUCGAGCUUUACAUAAAAAAAGUUAUUCAAACACGGUGGAAAUAAUGAAAGAUGGAUUUAUCCGAAUCUAAAACAAAACUAAUAGUAAAGAAAAGGAUAGAAUAAUAUCCCUCACCCAAAAGUAAACGUGCUUUACAUAAUGGCAAGAUUUUUUGUCUCUUAAAGAAGGAGAAAAAGUCUUUAAACACAAGUAGGAAAAGAGAAAGAUAAGGAAUACAAAAAUAUUAGCAUUGUUCAGCCAUUAGCAUUAGCUAUAAAGCUGCAUAAAUUUCCUAUAAUGAAUAUAAGAAAAUAACAGAAAAAUGAAUCUUUUAUGAUGAUAAUAAUAUCAUUCAUAAUGAUGAUAAGAAUAAUCAAGAGGAUAAUGAUGAUGAUAAUAAUGAUUACAAUAAUAAUCAUCACAACAACAACACCAACAAUAAUCGUAACGAUAAUAGUGAAAAAUGAUAAUGAUAAUAAUAAAGAUAACAGUAAAAAGAUAAUAAUGUUCAUGAGGAUGAUGAUAUCGAUAAUAAAAAGAGUGUUUUGACAAUCACGUCGUAAACAUCUCACGUGAUUUUCCUCUUGUGUUCCCUUGGGUGAGGGAACAAAUCUGACCCCGUUUUAACCAACAGACACAUAAACGAGGGUAAAAGCGAGCCAAAAUCUGAUUGUCAGAGUGUAGGUAAUGAAGACCAUAGCAUUAGAUAGAUAUAAACUUAACUGGUCGUUCAGCCAUCAAUUUGUCCAUAAAUGUGAAAAUCCUAUGAAUAUCUGCAUUUUCAUCGACCUUAUAAUCUUUUAGAUAUGCGCUCAUAGUGAUGUACAAUAGGCUUACAUUCACCUUUUUUCUACAAUGAUUUAUAGAUCACAACUAGUCAUUGCCGUACGAGUGCUAGAACAGAUAGGUAGCUGUCUGGUUAAUUAAUCAAUGUAUCCAAACACAGAAAUCAAACAUAUUGCAUUCGGCAGUGCUGCAAAGGGGAUGCCGCAGUGAUACAAACAGCAUGGCAUCUAUCCGCUGAGCAAACUUUGGUACGAAUUAGCGUAUGAUUUCGUCUGAGAACACUCUUGGAACUAGCGAAACGGGAGAGCAAUUCCAUGCUUGGGAACGGGUUCAAAGCGGAUAUUUCCUGAUCGGCGUUAUGCAACACGAACCUGGUUACGUGCACGACAAUGGUUAGCAAAACAUGGAUUUUUUUUCUUUUUUUUUAUUAUAAGACUUCAAGGAUUUGCACUAUCGUAGGGUGUCUGAUGAGCUACUGUUGAGGGCCGAUGAGUGUGCAUUGCCUAAAAGCCAUCGUCAUUUGCGUCUAUUCGGUGUUAUAAGACUUUUCUUGCAUUUCUAUGGACCUCUCACACCUGCUGACUACCUAAGAUGAGGAGAGUUCCCUGGAGAGAAAGAGAGAGAGAAAGAGAGAGAGAGAGAGAGAGAGAGAGAGAGAGAGAGAGAGAGAGUGUGUGAGAGAGAGAGAGAGAGAGAGAGAGAGAGAGAGCAGAUGAUAGGAACAGCAAAAUAGGUCACGCUAUAAUACACACUGAUAAUCUGGAUUGUUCAGUGGCACAUUUGAAUCAAUACUUGCAGUCCAGACUAAUAAAAAAAAAGUAAAAAAAAGAAAAAGAUAAUAAUAUGUAAAUAGCUUUUUUUUGUUCGAUCUAUUGUUUCGUUUCGUUAAUCUUCACCCGCAUCAGUAGAUGGCAUAUUUCGUGUCAUUUUGUAUCAGGGAGAAAGAAGGCAUUAUAUAACCUCAAGCUAAACCCUAACAUUCCCUAUUCGAUUAACACAUUAUUUCCAUGAUUUUGAGCUUCCCACGUUUAAUUAAAGAAAGAGCUUUUAGUCUUCUUUUCAAGAAAAAAAAAGAAAAAAAAGAAAAAAAAAAGAAUAAGGUGAAGAGAAUAAGAGAUAGGAAAGAAGCUUGAGGUUAUAGGCAACGAGAGAAUGAAAACACUCCCUGAGGUGUAGGGUGCUGAGAGGCAGAGAAACGUCUUUGUGAUGUGCCGUAUACUCUACAUAGCGCCCACUCGCACGCACACGCGCCAACAUAAAUACACACAUGUUGAA